UUUGUUCUCACUUCCUAAUCUGAGUCUUGGGGAUUAGUAAAAGUAGCCAGGAGUAUUGGAGGCAAGAAGCAGCAUGAGCAAAUGCACUAAAGUGAAUAUAUUUGGUAUUGUUUCCAUGAAAACCUCAAGGUAAAGAACAGCUGCUAAUGAGUCUAACAAUCAAGUAAUGACAGGUCUUAAAGAUAGUUUAAAUUUUACCUUAUAAGAGAUUUAGACAACCAAAGAAUUUUAACCAAGGAGAAAUGUAGUCAUAUUUUCAUUUUUUAAGAAUUAUUUGUUAGGUACUAAACACACAUAUGCUAGGUACUGAUGAAUAAAAUCAACAAGACAGGUUCUCUACCCUUGAGAAGCUUACAAUAUAGGGGGAGAGGCAGUCAUAGGAACUAAUUAUAAUAGAGCACAAUAAAUGCUAAUAAAGAAACAAAGUUUAUGGAAGCAGAUAGCUGACUUUGAGACAGAAGCUUGAGGUUUUGGUGUAACUUUUGAUUAAUUCCACUCAGCAUCUCUAACCAUUUUUGGGCUUACAUUAUAGGCAAAAUCUAGAUCUCUUGGGAGCUGUUAAAAUAGGAUGGCCUAGACCAGCUGCAGUACCCAAUCUGACUCCUUUCUGGACUUUUUCCCCCAACUUGUGUUUUAUAUUUCAACAGAGCACACAUAAUUCAGUUUGAAAACCAGUAGUUUCUCUUUCCUUCCCUAUAUGUGUAGAGAAUAUCCAGCUGGUGGCUACAGUUCCGCUUCUGGUUUCGCUGCCAUGCAUCCUGGGCAAACUACCAGUAAGGGGCCCUCCACUCACAUUCAGAUUGACCAGCAACCUCCACGGCUUCUCAUUGUGCACAUUGCUCUACCGUCUUGGGCUGACAUCUGUGCCAACCUCUGUGAGGCUCUGCAGAACUUCUUCUCCCUAGCCUGCAGCUUGAUGGGCCCCAGCCGCAUGUCCCUGUUCAGUUUAUACAUGGUACAAGAUCAGCAUGAGUGCAUCCUCCCUUUUGCGCAAGUGAAAGGGAACUUUGCUAGGUUGCAGGCCUGCAUCUCAGAGCUCCGCAUGUUACGGAGAGAAGGUUGUUUCAGAUCACAAGGCACUUCUCUGCGACUGGCAGUAGAGGAUGGGCUCCAGCAAUUUAAACAAUACAGCAGACAUGUGGCCACAAGUGCAGCCCUUGCUUAUACUUCCCUGGAGAUUACUAUUCUGACUUCUCAGCCUGGAAAAGAGGUGAUCAGACAAUUGGAGGAAGGGUUGAAAGAUACAGACUUAGUCAGAGUUAGGAGGCUUCAGGUCGUUGAGAUCGCAAAGGGAAUCCUAGAGCACAUGGACUCAGCGUCUCCUGUUGAGGAUCCCAGCAUUGAUGAGAGUUCUAUUCCGGGAACUGACAUUGACCUUCAGACUGUAGACAAUGAUAUCGUCAGCAUGGAGAUAUUUUUCAAAGCCUGGCUACAUAACAGUGGAACAGACCAAGAACAAAUUCAUCUUCUUCUUUCUUCCCAGUGUUUCAGCAACAUUUCCAGAGCCAGAGAUAAUCCAAUGUGCCUGAAAUGUGAUCUCCAAGAGCGACUGCUCAGCCCGUCCCUACUGCCUGGCACAGCUGACGGUUCCUUGAGAAUGGAUGACCCCAAAGGAGACUUCAGCACACUCUACCAGAUGGCUUCCCAAUCAUCAGCCUCUCGUUACAAGCUCCAAGUUAUCAAGGCUUUAAAAUCUAGCGGGCUCUGCGAGUCAUUGACUUAUGGACUCCCAUUCAUCCUCAGACCUACAAGCUGUUGGCAACUGGACUGGGAUGAGCUGGAGACAAAUCAGCAACAUUUCCAUGCUUUGUGUCACAGCCUGCUGAAAAGAGAAUGGCUGCUGUUAGCCAAGGGGGAACCACUGGGCCCAAGACACAGCCAGAGAAUCCCUGCCAGCACCUUCUAUGUGAUCAUGCCAUCACGCUCCCUCACACUGCUCGUGAAGGCGGUGGCCACGCGGGAACUGAUGCUGCCCAGCACCUUCCCCCUGCUUGCUGAGGACCCAUGUGAUGACAGCCUUAAGAUUGUGGAGCGCAUGCUAGACAGCCUGGAGCUGGAGUCCACCUACAACCCCUUGCAGGUUCAGAGCCACCUGUACUCACACCUGAGCAGCAACUAUGCCAAGCCUCAGGGGCGGCUCCACCCACACUGGGAGAGCAGAGCCCUGAGAAAGCAUCCCGGCAAGACUGGGCAGCUGCAGACCAACCGAGCUCGAGCCACUGUGGCCCCCCUGCCUGUGACUCCUGUCCCUGGCAGAGCCUCCAAGAUGCCAGCAGCCGGCAAAUCUUCCUCAGACACCUUCUUUCUGCCCUCGGAAUGGGAGGAGGAUCCCUCAGGGCCCUAAGUCACCAGCACCAGAGCCUAACCACAUCCAUGCUCAAGUUCACAUAAUGGCUAUCUGUGGUCAGACCUGCUUUCUAUCUGCCUGAGUCUCUGUGAGUGAGGGCUGCCUGGGAAACAAGAGCCGCCUUCCCCACCUCUGUUUCAUGCUGUCCCACUCCUCAAGUGGAGAAGCAACACACUCGAGCCUGUCCCUUCUUCAGCAAGGACUCUCAUUUUCUUUUAAAUCAUUUGAUACUGUUUACAGAGGUGAAGAUUAAACACCCAAUAAGCUUCCACCAUUGUUAGAAUUCCCAACCCAGAAUUUCUUCUUGUAGCUCAGUGUAAGCAGGUGGAUGAGGUCAGGUCACCUUUAGUAAAAUGGGACUCAGGAACAAGGAGGAGGUUUCCAAACCUCAAAAAGACACGUAGGAUUGAAAUCCAAGCCUCAGUUCAGAGCCUGUGGCCUUCGUGCUACACCACCAGCCUUCAGCCUCCAAACAGACAAGUGCUUGGUACCUACAUGGAAAGUGUGUGUGUUGUGGGGUGGGAGUGCUGCCAUAUAGCCCAGAACAGGGGAGAGGAUGGUGUAGAAAAGACCUACUCCUUUCCUUUUACCCUCUCCCCACACGUACCCACCUUCCUGUUGCUCCCUCCAUCCACAGAAUAGCUACCAUUUAUAAAAUACUUCCUCUGGGUUGGGAGCAGUGGCUCACACCUGCAAUCACAGCACUUUGAGAGGCUGAGGCAGGAUGAUCACUUGAGGCCAUGAGUUCGAGACCAGCCUGGACAAAAUAGUAAAACCCCCAUCUCUACAUAAAUAGUAAAUAAAAACUAAAACAAACAAAAACCAACUCUGUGCUUCAGAUUACACUAAAUACUUAUAAUGUAUCUAAUUUCAUACAAAAAGCCCUGUGAGGUAGAGCUCAUUAUAGUUUUCCCAUUUUACAGGGGGCACAGGGGAAACUGAGGGUUGCAGAUGUUCCACAACUCACCAAGGGCCACAGAGCUCUCGUCUAGCCUCAGGCAGCCUGACUUGACUCCCCAGGCUCUGAACCGUCGUCACACUCCUGUUCCCUUUCUGGGCCUCUUUCCUCUCCAUUACUCUCAACACAUUCCUGGUUCUCCUCUUGAACCCCACCACACCCAACCCAACCACUGUGUCCCCGCUU